AAGAAGAGAAGUGGAAGAGGAGGAGGAAGAAGAGGAAGAAGAAGAAGGAUCCAUCCCGGCGUCUAUACCUUUGUCUCCACUAGGCCACGGGAGAAACCUUUCCUUUUCUCCCCUUCUACGUCGAGUGUGGGGGCCUCUACGCCAUCAAACCUUACCAUGUCGAUAGAGUAAACCUUCAUCUUCCAUUUAAACGCCGGGAAGAGGCCGAAAAAAGACAGUUAAGACCCGAAAAUCCCCCAAAUACGGUGACUAGUCUGUGCCCAAGGCCUCGGCUGGCUCAUGGACGUCUGUUGAGGGAGGCCGCAGUUUUAUCGUCGAAAAGGGGUGUACGCAGAUGGUAGGAUGGUGUUGACACGACUCUCACAUUUUGGCGAGGUGUGUCCUCUGAGGGACCACAGCUACAGUGACCCUGCAGCUCCUCCGACCUUCUCUUAUCUACCUCCCGUCAAGCGUAUCUCUGUGGCUGGUACAUCAAAAUCUUCCUCCACGUAUGCCUUCGUCUCCACAUCAAAUCAAGCAGCCUCGUCUGCAUCUUCUUCAGCUGCUGCUGGUGCCUCAGCUUCAUCAUCCCCUCCCUCCUCUCCUCCUUCCUCCUCAUCCUCCUCUUGCUCCUCGUCUUCCUGCUCAUCGUCUUCCUCGGCGAAAUCCUCAUCCUCUUUCACCUCCUUCUCCUCUUCCUCCUCGGUAUUGUCCUCCACAGUCAUCACAUCGCCAGCAGCGUCGCCAACACUGUCGGGGGUGGCCCAGAGCAAACCCACUGUGCAAGUCACCAGGAUAGAAAUAUUAGACCUUCCAAAUGAAAUAUUUGAAAAAAUAUUUGCAUAUCUGCCCUUCAAAAAAAUUUGUGAAGUCAGACUGACUUGCAAGAGGUUCGAGCAGAUUGGCUCCAACAUCCUGAACAGCACCUUUCAGCGUCUCCAGAAUCAAAUGUUGCAGAGGUUCCAGGCAAUCAAGGGACAGAUGCCGCGCAGGGAGAGUGCCCGCCGCAAGCAUCCCUUGGCUCGAGAGUCUGACAUCAUAGAAACCUUGCACAUGCGCCUUACUCUUCUGCAGAUGUCGUUUGGGAAGCACAUUGAGCGGAAACAUUGCUGCUUCUUUGCUGGAGACAUAUUGGAUGAGGUGUACCGCAUCUUGGCCUACAUUAAAAAGACACCCAACCUGGGCCGCGCCUACAAGGUGACCGACGAACUCUUUGACCUCUCGACCAUGGCCAUGGAGUACUUCAAGGAACACAUAGAGCCUCGCCUCCCUGAAAUCACAUGCUUUGGAUCGGAUUUCCUUGAUAUUACUUCAAGGUUUUCAGAAGGGUGUGGAAUCCGGUCACCAACUGGCAGUGGACGAGCGUCAGAGCCGGAGGAUGAGCUGCCUGAGCGGGACACUUUGCCGCCCUCCAACAUGGUCCUGCGCAAGAGGAUCAAGCGCAUCCGCCAGGGCAUGAGGAGGUACAACACUCAGCUGGUUGCCCUUCGAAGGGAAUUAAAGAGUUGUAAAAGUAAACUGGCUGACCAAUCAAAGCAAAAUAUGGAGUAUGCAACUCGCAUGGAUGAAUACGACAAGAAGUUUGAGGAGUCUGCACGCAAAUUCAGCACUGUGCUUCAGGAACUGAAUAAAUGCAAGACAGAGCUUCAGUACUGGCGGUCCAAGUCUCCGGCUCAGGUAUGCUACAGCUGUGGCCAGUCAGUGGUCGAUGGAUCCAACCCACAGUUACAGGCAGGUGUCAGGAUGCAGGGAGGGGAGGAGUCCUUGGUGUAUGUUCCCCUCUCGGCGGCAGCUGUUCCCGAGAGUGCAGAGAAGAGAGGCCAUGCCAGUCUUCAUGCCCACAGUGAGGCUCAAGACAGGUGGCAAGGGGCUAGGGACUCUGUGAGGAAUCUUGAGUGUGCAUUUGACCUAUGUUGUCCCAGCUCUAAGCCCAUGUCAGAACCUCUUAGAAAACCACAAGCCACUUGCUCAAAGCUCCAAGCUCCCUAUCAAAGCAUCUCCAAUUCUCAGGCAUGUGUAAUGUCUCAGAGCAUGUCCGAAUUUCAAGGCAGAGCUGCUUCACGAGCUUCCUCUCAUCCAUCUCACAUCAGUAACCCAGCACAUGUAUCUCAGCCCGAAACUGCAUCUCUGCCCCCAACAACCACUUCCCAGACAAUGGCCACCUCUCACAGUGACCAAGCUGCUUCCCCUAACUUUUCUGCAUCACUUGUUCCCACAAAGUUCCCUCCUUUCAACACGUCUCAGUCACAGUCUGCCUUCCAUUCCUGUGUUAACUCUCAUGACACACAGCACCUGUGGGAUGCCAGUCAGGAGUGUGCUGAGGACCUGUCAGUCUCAUGUCAGUACAAAAACUACCUUGCUGAGGAGGUUGAGAGCAACACUCAGAAGCGUCGUUCAAGUGACGAGGAUAGCGAUAACUGUGAUUUUGUUGAUGACACUGUUGGCCGCAGAGUCAAGCAGAGGAAGAGAAUUAAAGUGGACAUCCAGUAACAGUGUAAUGAGAUGCCUUAAAGACUAUUUCCAUAUUGAAUUUCACAACAAGUUUUAGUUUGGAAGAGUAGAAGUAAUUAUACGAAUGGCUCUCAGUCUUUUCACGGAUACCCAAAACCUUGGUAGUUAAUGAAGGUAUAACAUUGGCCUUUCCAUCCAUCAUACUCAUAGUGAAUUACCCUUUUGUGAUUUUCUGCAGGUUUCACACAAACAUGCAUUUCAUACAUGCAUUAUCAUUAAGUGUAAUAUUGGAGGCUAGGAGAUGUUCACCUUGAUGAUAUUUUGAGACUUCAUCCCAUACUGAUGGUACAGAGCUUUUGAUAGUAGUUUAUUUUGUAAAUUAUAGUUCUUCAAAUAAUAAUGAGAAGAACAUUCUCAGGCCCCUAUGCUAGGAAGAAGUCAUCAAUAGAUAAUGAGUUAGAAAGAAUAAUAGUAAAAUUAAAAUUGUAAUUACAUAUGUAUAAAUAUAUUUUUGUUUGGUAAAUGAGGAUGGUAAAAGUAGUGCAUAAAUCCUCGUAAUUUUUCCUGAAUCCCUGAAGAUAGACUUCCAGAAACUAGUUUUACUUGUGUGUGAGAGCAGGAAAGGUAGUAGUGCUAAGGUGUAUCGAACUAUAUACUUACUGUAAGAACUGUCCAGGUGGAACUUGGAGUGACAAGUUACUUGUCAGUCACUCUUCAGAGCUUGUAAUUUUUUUCAGGUACCUAAAAUUUUAUACCAAUGCACUCAGUGUUGCCACUGUGGCUUUCUAAAAUAAGUGCAGCCCUUAUGCAGUAAAGACAUGCUGCACUUAUCACCAUAUUGGGUGUUUGUUAAGUAUUGGAAAAUGUUGGUUUCCAGUUUUAUUAGAUGUGCAGACAAGUGACAACCAUUUAGAGUCAAAUGAAUCUAAGCAGCAUAUUUAAAAGACUUUUCCCAGGAUGUGAGUGAAAGUUCAUUGAUGAAUAUGAUUUUAGUGGCUGUACCUUCUGAUCUCACAGUGUUGGAUGCUGUAAGUUGCUUCAGUGAAUGCCUUCAACCCCAAUGAAUGAUGAAACUUGAAAAAUAAUCAGUAUUAUUUUACAAGAUAUUUGUAUUCAUAAUUGAUAGUAUAAAAUUAACAGUAAAAGUUUUGGGACAGGA